UUUCCGAACGCGUUGGUCGUAGAAAAAUUCGAGCGUGGUUAGUGUUACUGGAUCCGUUUACCGAAAAAUAUAACGCCGUCGAUAUAAUAUUGUAAUUUAUUCAAAUGCGUGGUGACAUUUGUGUUUUAAAUUUCGUAUCGGUUAGAUUUAGCGUUCCAUGAGAUUUGUCGACAUUUCUAUGGAUUUACAUAACCACAAAAGUUCGGCAGUUCAAAAACUGGCAUUAACCCAAAUUGGAUUGAUUUUUUCGUUGUUUUCUGUAGUUAAUUCCUCUAACAAUACUUUCGCAUAUUCCGUCGCAAACAUGAAUCAAUUGAAUCCUGUAGUAAUAUCUUCGUCCGGUAAACAGACGGCCACUGUCAUAUUUCUUCAUGGUCUUGGAGAUUCAGGAAAUGGCUGGGCCGAAGCUAUGACUCGAGUAAGACAAGCUUAUGUGAAAGUAAUAUGUCCAUCUGCGACCCCCAUGCCAGUAUCUUUAAACCAAGGAUUCCGAAUGCCUUCAUGGUUUGAUUUGUUUACAUUAGAUGAAUCAGGUCCAGAAGACGAUGAAGGAAUUAAAAAAGCUGCAAAAAUGGUGCAUUCACUUAUCGAUCGUGAGAUAGAAGUUUACAAUAUACCAUCAUCUCGUAUUGCCCUCGGUGGAUUUUCACAAGGCGGAGCUCUUGCUUUGUAUUCAGCUUUUACUUAUGACAAACCAUUAGCUGGAGUUAUGGCUCUAUCAUGUUGGAUACCAUUACAUAAAACUUUUCCAGCUGCUGCUAUAAGUAACAAAGAUAUGCCAAUAAUGCAGUGUCAUGGAGAUUGUGAUCCAAUUGUACCACUAAAAUGGGGUCAACUUACAGCAUCCAUUCUCAAAUCUUUUGCUAAAAAUACUGAAUUGAAAACAUAUCGAGGAAUGAUGCAUAGUUCAUGUGAUGCGGAAAUAAAGGAUCUUAAGAAGUUCAUGGAUGUGAUCCUCCCUCCAGUGUGAUUCACCUAUCAUUUUAAAAUAAAUUUAAUUUAUAUUGUUAAAACCUAGAAUAUGGAUUAAAUAUAUUCACAUAUAUAUAUUUAGGUAUAUACUUUUUGUAGUGUAUCUAAUUGAAUUUCUUAGGAUGAGUUUUUAUUUUUAUCGCUAUAUUUAGUGUAUAUAAGAUUAUUGUUGUUUCUUCUUAUUGGCAUCUUUAUAAUUAAUAUACAACUGGUAUAAAAUAUACUUAUUAGUUAUUAAGUAAAAUAAGUAUACAUUCAUAUUACCAAUUUUUUAUUUUUACUUUUUACUUUUUUUUUUUGGUGCAUAAUUACAAGAAUUCAACAAAAUAUUUUGAACUUAACUGAUUAAGAAAUUUAAUAACGUAUCAACUACUCAUAAAAAUAAAUAUUAUUUAUAAUUUAUACUUCAUUAAAAAAAUGUUAUUGUCCAUUUACAUUAUGAUUUAAGAGUAUUUCUCGGCACAUAUUUGCAAAAUGGUGACAUUGGUAUAUUAUGUAGUAUCACCAUUGCCACCACCUAACAGUUUUUUACAUUGUAAUAUAUAAUUUUUUUCAACAGCUGUACAGUGUGCAAUUAUCUAGUAACAUUGAAAUAUGUAAACUACAAUCAUCAGUAAAUAAUUUCCUAAAUUUUGCAGUGUUAUUCUCACACAACAAUAAUAUGUAUUAUUUUGGUAAAGAAGGAUGCUCUCUAUUACUAAUUAACUGACUAAACUGGACAAAAAUUGGUCACUGCCGAGAAGUACUCUUAAUAUAAAUGGACCAUUGAUAUAUAAAUUAAUAAGAAAUUAAGCAAUACUCUAUUGAUAUAGUUGUAUAAUAUGUAUUUUUUUUUGUUUUUUACAUCAUAAUCUUGUGUAAGUGUCUCAUCCAAGUAAUUCUAAUAAUUGUAAUAUACAUUUUAGAUUAUGAGUGAA